CGCGCGAGUUGCACUUCCGCCCUUUUGGCUCUCUGACCGGCACCAUGGCGGUAGGCAAGAACAAGCGCCUUACAAAAGGCGGCAAAAAGGGAGCCAAGAAGAAAGUGGUUGAUCCAUUUUCUAAGAAGGAUUGGUAUGAUGUGAAAGCACCAGCCAUGUUCAAUAUAAGGAAUAUUGGGAAAACACUAGUCACGAGGACUCAAGGAACCAAAAUCGCAUCUGAUGGCCUCAAGGGUCGGGUGUUUGAAGUGAGCCUUGCUGAUCUGCAGAAUGAUGAAGUCGCGUUUAGAAAAUUCAAGCUAAUUACUGAGGACGUUCAGGGCAAGAACUGUCUGACCAACUUCCAUGGCAUGGAUCUCACCCGAGACAAAAUGUGCUCUAUGGUCAAAAAGUGGCAGGUGAGACCCCAAACUGCAUCAGAGUGUACUGUGAACUGCUUGACCCACAGUGGCAUAGUGUGGUGGUGUAUCAUGUCACCAGAUGUGAUUUGUGGCUGGUGAUGGACUUUCUUUCCU